AUGGGAAAUUCUCUGGGCUGUGUUAAGGAGCCUAAAGAGUCAAUAGCUAUUCCUGAGAAAGCUCCCAUAUCUCCUAAGAAAAGGGUUCGGUUCAAAAGGAAGUGGAGGGGAAAGAAAAUCCCUACUCCAGAGGCAUCUCAUGAGGAAGAAAGCUUGGAAGAAACCGGAGUCAUUGGAGAGAUUGAAACCCUAACGAAGUUAACAGUGAGUCUCUGGAAGGAGAACGGAGUGGGAGGGGUAGAGCACACACCCCCGGACAUUCCACUGCCUGGAGAUUCAGCCCCCAACUCUGGGGUGGGCGACCAGGGGAUGAUAGUGCAGGUAAAGGAGAGGUUCCAAGGGGAGAUCCAGACUGCUCAUCUUUUGUUAGAGAAUGAGUCAUCAGUUGCUGGAGGGGUCUGGGAUUCCCUGGAAGAGGGGGUGACUGUCAUUGCUCACCUGCGUGAUAACCCGGCAGAAAGGAACUGUGAGAAGUCAGUGAGCCAACUGGUGGAAUUUCCGAGGACAGCAUCCUGCAGCAGCAGGGCUGUGCUGCUGCCUUUGCAAGUAGAGACUGCGGUGGAGAAAGGAAGCACUCUGCUUGGGUUUCGGAGCAGCACUUUGCCUUGGACAGACACCCGUACUGACACGGGUCAUAAAGACCAACUUUCAGAGGACUGGAGUGUGGGGGGAGAAACCAAGAGUAUUUCAAGUGCCCCUGAGGCAGGUGCCUGGAUCGCGGAAUGUUCUGUUUCUUCACCGCUACUGGACCAUUCAGGAGCCCACAGAGGCACAGAGCCUACCCAUGUGUAUUGGGUGCCCCCCCCGGGUCCCAGACUCCCUCCUUCUCAGAGUGAUUUGUCUGUCAGUGGCACAACUGUGGGCAUUUUGCCCUCCUCCUCCGGCUAUGGCAGUGAUGGGUUGCACUUACACGGGAUCCAACUUAAAGAUGCAGAACCUGAGAAGAGCUCCACAUCCUUCUCAGAAGAGGAUAGCACCCUUUCAUUGGAGGCCAGCCACACCCCACCAUGGGGUCUGGAAGAGGUAGGUGGGCAUGUGCAAGGAAUAAUCAGACUACUCUUUGGCGUCCUAGUCCUCAGAUGAAUUAAAGUGGAGU